AUGAAUAAUAUAUCUAUCACGACAGAGUCGGAGCAGCCGGAAGUGGAGUCAAAACAGAAGACAGUUACUAAAAAUGGAAUGUUUGAUUUAGAUGAGGCAAGAACAUUACGGAAAAUGUUGAAACAAAAAGAGAGAGACAACACUAAUAAGACAGUGCAAUCAAAAAUCAAUGAAAAGUCUCAGCUAAAAGGAAGUGAACUUGAGGUCUUCAAAUCGGAAGUGCAAAAUGAUGUCACAGAAGAAACGGAAAACAAACAGUAUGAAUUAAACAGGGAAAAGGCUUUACGAAAAAAGCUCGCAGCCUCAAAUUAUGAAGAAUUAUCAAUAAUUCAUACAGGAGGAGGAGUCAAAUUACAAAUGAAUGCGGGUAUGUAUGAACUGUUCAAGUAUGCCGCUCAAAAUUAUUACACGUCGGAGGCUAUGGUAAAGAAAACUAUUCCUACAAAUGUUAUAGACAAAAAGCAAAAUAAUGUUGAAACUAGAUAUAAAAUAUCUACAGGAAAGUUAUCACAUUAUACACUCAAUUUGUACCAUACAACGAGCUCCGUGUUAGUAAAUGGUAAAGGGGUUAAUCAAUUUCUGAAUACAGACGUAACUGAAAUAUUAUCUAGUCUAGAAAGGAAUAUUGCAGAAAAUGACUGUUCCGUUAAUAAUUUCAAUAAGCAAAUCAAGAAGUUGAUUAUAUCUAGUUUAUCAGAAAAGCCAAAUUCUAGUCACGUACAUGACCAAGUAAAUGUGACAGAGGUAUCUGACACUGAUACAACCGGAAAUACAGAAGACGAAUCAACGGGUGAAAUAUCUGAAGAAAAGGACAGUAAUUCUGAGGACAGAGAACUGGAAGAAACAACAGAAGAUGAAUUCCAGUCAGUAGAAACGGACUACUUGAGUGACGAGGAUAAAAAUCACUCUAGUAAGGAAGUUGGAACUGAAGCAAUCACUAUUCUUAAAGCAUUACAGUCGGAGGUCAGUGAACUUAAAAAUUUGUUAUUAAGUCACAUUGAAAGCACACAUUCAAAUUUUGGUAGACUAUGCGAUGAAAUUGUCAGUAUAAAGAAACAGGUGUCACAAAGAGCAAGUUCCACAGACAGCAGAAUUGAAACAGUCCAGCAGGAUGUACAUAUCGCCAAUCUGGACCUAAAGAAGUAUAGUGACUCAUUACAAAGGCGACUGCAGGCAGUAAUGGACAUAAUCAAAUCAAGACAAACGACAACAAAAAAUCAGCAGCCAUUACCUAGUAAGCCACAAAACGUAGAGAUGUCAGAUCAACCUCAAAGAACAUUCGACCAUGAUGAAUCUCCUGGGAAAACAUUGCUACUAGGUGACUCAAUCUUCAGGGAUAUACAAGCUAAAGGUCUUAGCGAAAAUACCGAGAUCCGAACAAUUUCCGGGGGAAAAGUAAGGCAGGUAAAUGCAAGGUUGAGACAAUGGCUAGUCGCUGACUUAGGAAGUGUGGUUAUAUAUAUAGGCGGAAAUGAUGUAGCUAGUGACGAGAAGGAAGAUUCGUUGUAUCGGCAGCUGGAAGAAGGAAUUGAAGCAGUUCGACGUGACAACCCCUACUGUGAAAUAUACAUUUGUACCGUAUGUCCGCGUACAGACUGUAAUGUGCGUGAGUUAAAUAAAUUACUAGUCAAGCUAAGUGAAAAUACAGAUGUUAACUUAAUUCAAAGUUAUGACAAAUUUGUAUACGGGGACGGUUCAACAAUUCAAGAUUACUACCACCCAGAUGGAAUUCACUUGAAUAAAAAAGGAACGAGCAUCUUAGUAAAGACUAUUGACAAAUCGAUCAGGAUAGUGCGAAAAUCUUCUGGUAAUCGAAAAGACCGCUUUGAUGCAAACGUGUCAUCACAAUCUACUCCUAGGAGGGACAGAUAUGGACAUUCGGAGGAACAUCGAGGCGGCAGACGAGAACGGCGUUACUCUGGUGAAUUAGAGUAUAAUACCUACCAAAAUAGGCAAAGUUGGAAUUCGAAUAGACAACGGAAGUGGUGUACAAACUGUAGAAUGACAAACCAUAAUACUGUUGACUGCGGAACGCGCAGGGAAGGAAAUAGAAAUUGGCAGGAUGCAGAGUUUGCGCAAACCGGAAGACACAAUACGGGAUAUCAUAGACGUUCUCCCGAUUCAUUCAGACGAUAUCACUAG